AUGGCUUUCCCUGUUAGCAUGGUGCAGGCGGUCCUGCUAGCCACCCUGCUCUUCCACUACACAAGCAGUCUGCCUGUUUUCGACGGCAGCCUUGAGGAUGUACAGGCUCUCAGCAGAAUUGAGAGCAGUUUUUUUACCCAGGACUAUUCAGACAGCCUUGUUGCAGAUGAAAGAAGCUCCAGAAGGCCUGGGUUACAGACCAGGCAACUGGGAGAUAUUGAAUUCACCAACAGAUAUGCUGAAUAUCUGAAGUCCAAGGCCAAACUCACCUCCAUCUGUUCUUUCCUCAGACGCAUGCAAAAUGGGAAGAAAAGUGAGAAGGCUCUCAGAGUGGAGAUUGAAUGCCAGAAGGAUGGAUCAAUACCAACAACUAUUGAUCUCAUUGUGGCCAUAAUAAAUGUAAACGACAACCCUCCGGUUUUUGCAGAAGCACAGUACAGUCUUAAUGUGGAUGAGCUGACAUCAGUUGGGGAAACCGUUGGUAAAUUCGAGGCCUCUGAUCCUGAUGGAGACCGUCUUUAUUACAGCCUUCAGCCUACUACGGAGGGUUUUCGGUUGGGAUCAGAACUUGUUCCCAAUAUUGAGGUGGACAAGCUUCUGGAUUAUGAGAAAGUGAAGCAGGUCACGCUGACUUUAACUGCGCGGGAUACACCAACGGGUCAGCCCCCUCACACGGCAACAACUACAGUGAUAAUCAACAUCGUUGACAUCGACAAUCGUCCACCAUGGUUUCAGCCUUGUACCGAAACCGAUCUGGGAACUUCCAAAAUCUGCCUUAACAGCGGUUACAGGGGAAAAGUUGACUUAAAUCAAAUAGAGCCCGGUAAUUUGCCCUUGGAACCAGGCCCAGUGUAUGCCAUUGAUGGAGACACAACCUUAAAUGCGCCAAUUGGUUACAAGAUUGCUGGAGGGAAUGAAGCUGGAAUAUUCCAGAUUGGUGAGACCACUGGUCACAUCACCAUGCUGAAACCUGCAGGUAUUGCAGGCCCAAUUACGCUCACAGUUCUGGCAUUUCAAGUUUCUAAUCCUGAUCAGUUUGCAACCACCACAGUCACAUUUGAUGUGGUAUUGAAAACUGCUAAUCCACCGGAGUUUUUGAAGUCCAGCUAUGAGGGCUACAUCUCGGUUGAUGCCGGUCCAGGCAGCUUGGUUAUGGAGAGCAAAAAUUCCAGAAGGCCGCUCCGAGUUGAGGCCACAGAUUUGGACUUUGAAAAUGGCAUAAACCCUAAUAUUAGAUUUGAGAUUCUAGGCACCAGUGAUUUCAGAGCUACUCAGGAGGGCUUUGUGCUUAUGGAGACAGAACUCACACCAGGUAUUCUUGAAUUUGAGAUGCGUGUGGUUGAUGAAAAAAAUGGAGAAUCAAAUAAAGGUUUACUGUCAGUUGAAGUUGCACCAGGGCUUGUCACUACCACGACUUUCACUACAACCAACCCCUCCACAACCACCCCCUCCACCAUCACCACCUCUCCCACCGCAACCCCUACAGUCACGUCAGCAGUAACUACACAGUCAACAGACAGACCAGUCUCAGACUUCACCACUGACUCCCUCAAACCCUCCAAUACGAAACCUAGCCCAGGGGGUGAUUCUGUGGCCAGGGGUGGCUUUGAUUCUGGGGAUAUGGCUGCCCUCGGAGCUAGUCUGGCCAUUUUGCUAGUCAUCUGCUUGGUCGCCGUCAUCCUUCUUGCCUUACACAUCAGGAAGGGCAACAAAGACUGGAAGAAAGUGUCUGAAGCUAGCAUGUUCCGGAAAACACUAGAGGGUAGCUUUGGAGGGCAGACGGGAGGGAUCCAGUAUACUAAUGAAGGUUUCCAACAUGACACUGACACAGUGGACACAGUGAGUGUGGACUUUAAGCACAAUAAUGAGAUCACACCAAAGCAGGAGCCUGAAGUCAGAGUGCUAACGACAGAGAAGCCCACAUCUGAAAAGUUGUCUCAGCUGCCGGUUGCCACCUCACAGGACACUGAGAGCCUGGCUGGCUCAGAGAGCCUGGAUGGUGAGAAGGAGGUAAAACCAAUCCUUACUAAAGAGCGUCGCAAUGAGGAUGGGUACAAAUCAGUCUGGUUCAAGGCGGACAUAGACCCCAGUGCUAAUGAGGAAGUGGUAAUCAUUGCUGACAGCAGCGAGCAUGAUGGAGAGGAAGACGAGGAUGAGGAGGAGGGAGGUGAUGACGUAGCUAGGCCCAGAUCACACUCUGCAGAUAGUGACCAGGAGGAGACGCAGGACGAUGGCGAAUUCAUUUCCAAUAUGUAA